CUUCUAGCCUCACAUUAUCGAACCAUUUUUUUUGUGUUUAUCAUAAACGUGUAUCUAUCUUCUUUUGUCUAAGCAAGUCUGUCGUUGUCUUUUUUUAAAUUCUAAUUAAUCCAUAAAGAGCUUCCGAACACUACCACAUUAAAGCCAGCUUGCACCAAAGUUCUUAACUCUAAGGUUCUUCAGUAAAUUUUCUAAGCUAAUUAUUUAAACCCUCAUUGUACUGAAUUAACUCUAAGGUUCUUUAAACAAAUUUCUAAGCUAAUCAGUUUAAGCCUCAUUGCACUGAAAAAGUCCAUUAAUAAGAAAUGAUAUUUAUGUUAAACAGGAUUAAAAAUAUAUUAAAAAUGUUGGUGGUCUUUGUAUGUUAGUAUAACAUCAGCUUCUGUACUAUUGCACAGCUAGUUGGUUAGGUAAAGUGGGGGAGGACUUAUCAACGGCUCUUGCGCAGCGUCAUCGCUACGCGGCUACGCGCUAGUGCACCAUGUUACUCCGCGCGGGCACGACGCAGCGGGCGGUGUGAUCAACUCUUUGUCUACUAAGUCCUUUGUGUUUCAUAGCGCGCAAUGGAAGUUACGAGUUUUGUUUACGUGCUUUGAAGUGCCAGUGUCAGUUGACAAGAUGAGCAGCGACAACUCUGAGUCGCAGGAGACGACCUCAACCUCCUUGAUCGAGGACUCCCUCAACAUAGCUUUCGAAAACAUAAAAUACAGCGUGCGACAUGGUAUCUUAGCUGGGGGACGCAAGACAAUCCUCCGAGAUGUGUCAGGCUCCUUCAAUGCUGGAGAGCUGACUGUCAUCAUGGGCCAGUCUGGGGCAGGGAAGAGCUCGCUUAUGGACAUCCUAGCUGGAUACACUAAACCUACAGCUGGCAGUUUGUAUGUUAACGGACGAAUCAGAGAAGAAAAGUGCUUCAGGCGUAGAAGCUGCUACAUUCUUCAAGAUGACAGAAUUCAGGACGCGCUCUCGAUAAGAGAAUCGUUGACCAUCGCUGCUCAACUGAAGCUGGGCAAUCAUGUUAGCAGAGAACAGAAGCGGCGAAGGGUACAGGAAAUAAUAACGUCUCUCGGUCUCAGCAGAGCGCAGAACACUCGCGCGUGCAACCUCUCCGGCGGCCAGAAGAAGCGGCUCGCCAUCGGCCUGGAGCUGGUUAGCGACCCCAGCGUCAUGUUCCUCGAUGAACCAACCAGUGGUCUCGACAGUUCGAUGUGCAAGCAGCUCGUCUUCCUGUUCCACCAGUUGGCUCGUCAGGGUCGCACGGUGGUGGUUUCAAUGCACCAGCCGUCCGCGGCGUUACUGCAGAUGGUUGACAAGCUAUAUGUGGUUGUGGCUGGAAGUUGCGCCUACACGGGCUCGAUACCUGGUCUCCUGCCAUACUUGCAGCAGAUGAACCUGAUGUGCCCACCAUACCAUAACCCUGUAGACUUCCUUAUAGAGAUAUGUAGUGAAAAUGUGGAUUUAUUAGUAACGCAUUCACAAAACGGAAAAAGCGACGAAUGGAGCAACCAUACUUCUCAUGAGACUGAUGAUAAUUUUCUAGUGAAAAAUAAUUUAAGAAGCGAUCAAGUGUACCUGACUACAUUACCGUCUCCCAAAGAGGAUCCUACCAAUAAAAUACUUUUAAAAUUAAAAAGCACCUAUUCCACUCCUGUGUGGAAACAAUUCGCAACACUCACACGAAGAUCUCUUUUGUCGAUAUGGCGGAGCCCGGCGUUCACGCUCAUGAUCACCGGCAUCCACUGUUCAAUGGGACUAUUUAUCGGCUUCCUGUUCUACAACAUCGGCGGAGACGCGAGCCAUGUCAGAGACAGCUAUAACAUGCUCUACUUCAGCCUGAUGUUCCUCAUGUUUACAGCCUUCAGUUCAUCCGCUAUACAUUUCCCUCACCAAAUACCAGUAGUGCGCCGCGAGCACUUCAACCGUUGGUACACCACCGGCGCUUACUACACCUCCACAUUGGCGUCCACAUUGCCCACACAGACCGUGUGUACGCUCAGCUACGCGUUCAUAGUGUACUUCCUGACUGGCUUACCGCCAGACAUCGUACGCUUCACGACGUUCUGCUGGACCCUGAUGUUGGUGUCGUACGUCGCUCUCUGCAUUGGAUUGCUCAAUGGAUCCAUAUUCAAUGUCAAGAACGGCGUCGUUUUCGGACCAUUUCUCAUAAUGCCGUUCACGAUCUUCUCCGGUUUCUUCCUGCGGUACAGCGACGCGCCAGUGUUCUUUCGAUGGAUGUUCCACAUAUCGUUCCUGAAGCACGGCCUAGUUGGCCUCGUGUUCGCCAUAUUCGGCAUGGACAGAGCGAAGAUGCCCUGCUCAGACCUGUACUGUCACUACACCUACCCCAAAACAUUCCUUCAGGACGUUGAAAUGACGCACGAGAAGUAUUCCUUGGCCAUCGGAGCUCUUUUCGGAAUCGGACUAAUUGUCACUUUGUGUUCUUAUAUCAUACUCAAAAUCAGACUGAAGAAUAAAUGGUGAUUAAGAAUUGAAGAAUCGCUAUGAUUGUGAGUGCCAAAAAUUAUAGUGUAAAGUGUAUUUUUGUUUAUGAGACUUUACAAAAGUAAAAGGGUAGCGUUUCAAUAAACUUAACAUUUUAAAUAAAUGAUUAAUUCUAAAUACAGUUAUCGUACUAUAUUUAAUAUACAUUUGAACAGUGUAAAAACUAAGGUAUCUUCUCCGAUUAUGCUUUAAGUUCGACAAUACGAAGCAAUCGUGUAUUUUGUCCAAAAUAGUUUUAGUUGCUCCUAUUAAGUAAUUUACUUUAAACGACUGUACGUGAUUAGUGAUAACUGUGUUACUGGCACUGCACAUGGCUAUUCGUAUUUGCUAUUUUGUCUUUUUGACAGCAGUCUCUUCCUUUCACUCCCUAUAUAGUAUAAAAAAGACAACCUGCUGUCAAUAUGAAAAAUAGCAAAUACGAAUAGUCAUAUUGUGAAGUCCCGGCAAAGAAAUAUAAAAGUUGCCAAUAAAUGAGCUAGCAAAUUGCUUUCGUAUGUUAAAAGACAGUCAAAGCAUUUAUAAUUAGAACAGAUCAAUAAAUACAUAUUUAUUUAAGUGCAUACAAGUAAUCUUUAUUUUUUUAAAUAAACAAAUAUUUUAUUUAGAUGUUCAACGUGAAUAUGUUAAAGUAAUAUGUCAGGCUAUAUAAUUUAUAUUGUGUGUGUCACCAUACAAAUAAGGUAAACUAAAAUCACCCCGUUAUGGUACAAUUCUUAUCAGUUGGUGUAGGAUUUAAAAAAUUGCCACAUUAAAAAGGGUCUCGCAAAGUUAAAACCAGAGGCAGUCUCAUUAUUGCAAGAAGCCUGAUGAAAAAAUGUUUGCGAGGCCUUUGGUGAUAGAUCUUUGCAAGGUCCUAGUCUUAUGUCAAUCAUAACCCCCUUAUUAAUAAACAAAGAAUUAAUAUAAAUUAUUAUUAUAAGUGAAUUAAUAACUUAAUAAACGAAGAACUUACUUUAACGCAGUGUUUUGUUCACAUCAGUCAUAAUAUGACAUUUGCAAUUAUAUGAAGAACAGAGACAAAAUAUAAUAAGGAUGUUAAGCUAAGUACGUAUAGCGCAUUCCAGGGUACGCGUAUUCGGCUACGUGUUUUCUGGAACGCCAUAUAAGUACUUGUAACUUUGCGUACCUUCCACGAAUUGCUAUGAUUAUGAAUAGCGCGUUUCAGGGCACGCGUGGCCGACAACGCGUGCCCUGAAACGCGCUAUCCGUACGCAGCUUAAAAUGAGUGUAAGCGUUUCAGUAAUGGUAACCACGCACCUUCAUGUCGCUUGAUUAAGUGACUUGUCAGCCAGUGGCAUGACAGAGACCACUCACGUUCCAGCAGCAUGACUUGCCGUCAGUUCACACAAAGAAGCGAACGAGUCAACAUGUCUUACACAGACGAGGACAUUGCUCUGAUAGGCCUGAAAAUUUCUUUUUGUCUCAAAAUCAGGAAAGAAAACUCUUCCAGUACCUCAGACAGUCGUCAGAUGAAAAAUCGAUCCUUGUCCUUCAAAAAUUUCUCCCCACACACGGUCACUUUUGGCUUAAUCAAGCCUAUUUGGUCAUGCCGCUUGAUCAAGGAGCAUCUUUAUGCUACUUGAUCAAGCGAUCACCUUUGUGAGUGGCCCCUAUAAGUAGUUUGCUUUUUAAUGGCACUGAGCAAAGCUCCUUGUAUUAUGGUAGCCACUCACCUUCAUGCCACUUGAUCAAGCGGCUUGACAUCCACUGAUCUUGAUCCACUCAUGUUCAAACGGCAAGACGCGCCGUCAGUUCACGCAAAGAAGCGAGCGAGUCAACAUGUCUUGCACAGACGACGACAUUGCUCGGAUAGGCCUGAAAAUUUCUUUUUGUCUCAAAAUCAGGAAAGAAAACUCUUCCAGUACCUCACGAAGUCUUUCUUCGUUUUGUGACAUUCCUUUUCCAAUUUUAUUUACAUCCGACCUCUCUGAAAUUUUUAAGAGAACCGAUAGCUUGGCAAUAUGUGCCGCACUCACAUUCAAGCGGCUUGACGGCAUGACAGUCGCAAAUGAAAAAUCGAUCCUUCCCUCAAGCGACUUGUCCUUCCAAAAUUACUCCCCACUAUUUCAUCAAGCGACAUGAAGGUGAGUAGCCACCAUUAGUGUUAAACUUAGCCUAAAUAUUUGAAUGAUUGAUGAUACAAAAUUAGAUAACUUUAAUUUUCGGGACUACUGAAUGAUCAAUUAAAUAUAAAGAAAAAGGGUGAUAAAUAACUGUCAACAAUAUUAUGCUUAAUGUAGAAAAUAUGUUUUUAUUGUUCGGUGUUAGAUUACACUUGGACUAAGUGAUAAUACUUCGCGCCUGAAUUCAAUAAGUACUGUGUACUUAAACUGUGAUGUAGAAAAAAAAAAUUUAGUUACAAUUAUAAUGAAUUAUGUUAUAGGCCGAUGUAUCUUCUACCUUAUAAAUAAACAUCUAUAAUAUAAUGGGUAAAAUAUUUCUUUCAUAUUUAAGGUAACUUGGAAUUGAAUACUGGAGUAUUUUAUAAAUAUUCAUAGUUUUUUUAACAAAAUAUUUAUAUAGGUAACUAUUCAAUAUAAUAUAAUAUUAUUAAGUUGGUUAAAGAUCGUGGAUAUAAUUCUUUUAAAUUCUUAUAUUAAUACAUUUAUUUAUUUAACAGCUUAUACAUAUAGUCGCCAUUAUAUAGAAAUCUGUAGAAGUUGGUUGGUUGACUACUCUUCUGUUGAUUAAUUCCGGCCGCUUUCUCUCAACUUCUUGCUUUAAUCUCAUGAGUUGUUCCCAGUAAAGUUCAGAAUCGAUGGUCCUGCCUGGCGGUAACAGAUCAUAAUGAAUAAUGGCCUUACAAUAACCUUACAAUAUACACAUAACAUCCUCUUGUUGCGAGUGAACCCGGGUUUCGCCAGGGACUGUAAAGCCUAACCGGCCUUUGGCCAAGACCUUUUUUGCACGUUCUUGUCGUAUGUGAUCCACUUUUUAUUACCAGUUAUCAACUCCUUUAAAAAUGGUUCGGUUUCAUUACGUCGUAGUAAAGAAUCACAAACGAGUACAUGGUUCAUUAGGUUUCUUUCAGUGAGCUCGUGAGACACCCAAAUAUCGAGCUUUUUUGUGUACCCAGCUUUUUUCAAAUGCACCAAAACCGUUUUCUGAUCAAAUCCCCAGUUCUUCAGCUACGUCGUUACUACUAAUAUGCCGAAUUUGCUCCACUUUUUCAAAAAUGGCAUCCAUUUUAUCCGUGACAGGGCGACCAGAACAACGUGCAUCUUUGACAUCAAAUUUCCGGAUUGAAAACGCUUACACCAAAUUUGUGCUACUGUCACAGACACUGCACUAAGUCCAUAGACAUCACAAAAUUUCAUCGCAGCUUG